GGUACUGUGGCCCGGGGCUGAGGCCCUGUGAGCAGGUUGCCUGGCUUGGCUGAGUCAGCCUGAAUCAGACCCACUGCCCCAUGGGCUGAGGGGGGUUCUGAGGUCAGUCCCUGCCUCCCAGAAGCUGUCACACCCCUUCUCAUCUCUUCACCCACAGCUUCAGGGAGCCUCAUCCCGCCCGAAGUGAAAGAGAAAGUCCCCCUCCCCCGCCAGCCCCGCCCCGCCCCGCCCCGCAGCCAAUCCUCGCAGCCGGCACCUCCUUCGGCUUCGGAUCUCCGCGGCGAGCCCCAGGCAGCAGUCCUGGAGGAGGAGCCGAGUCCUGUGCACCUCCGGGACAGGAGUGUGGUUUUGAAAUUCCCCUGAGAGGAGAAGACCACCCCUCCCCCUCCUCUACCACCUCCCCAUCUGGCAUCCUUCUCUGCCGCCCCUACCUGGUUGCCCCUGGAGUUAAAUGGCUGAUAAGCAAAUCAGUCUGACAGCCAAGCUCAUCAAUGGCGGCAUCGCUGGGCUGAUUGGGGUCACCUGCGUGUUCCCCAUCGACCUGGCCAAGACGCGGCUGCAGAACCAGCAGAACGGCCAGCGCAUGUACACCAGCAUGUCUGACUGUCUUAUCAAGACCAUCCGCUCAGAGGGCUACUUCGGGAUGUACCGUGGGGCCGCCGUGAACCUGACCCUCGUCACCCCCGAGAAGGCCAUCAAGCUGGCAGCCAAUGACUUCUUCCGAUAUCAGCUCUCCAAGGACGGGCAGAAGCUGACCCUGUUGAAGGAGAUGCUGGCGGGCUGCGGGGCGGGCACCUGCCAGGUGAUUGUGACCACCCCCAUGGAGAUGCUGAAGAUCCAGCUCCAGGACGCAGGCCGCCUUGCCGCCCAGAAGAAGAUGCUGGCUGCCCAGGCCCAGCUCUCGGCGCAGGGGGGCACCCGGCGCUCAGUGGAGGCUCCCGCUUCCCCGCGGCCCACGGCCAUUCAGCUGACCCGGGACCUGCUGCGGAGCCGCGGCCUCGCCGGCCUCUACAAGGGACUGGGAGCCACGCUGCUCAGGGAUGUCCCCUUCUCUAUCGUCUACUUCCCCCUCUUUGCCAACCUGAACCAGCUGGGCCAACCAGCCUCUGGGGAGAAGUCUCCGUUCUACGUGUCCUUCCUGGCAGGCUGUGUGGCUGGGAGCACAGCCGCCGUGGCCGUCAACCCCUGUGAUGUGGUUAAGACGCGGCUCCAGUCGCUCCAGCGUGGUGUCAACGAGGACACGUACUCGGGGUUCCUGGACUGUGCCAGGAAGAUCUUGCGGAACGAGGGCCCCUCUGCCUUCCUGAAGGGUGCGUACUGCCGUGCCCUGGUCAUCGCCCCGCUGUUUGGCAUCGCUCAGGUGGUCUACUUCCUGGGCAUCGCAGAGACCCUGCUGGGGCUGCCGCGCACACAGCCCUGAGCCCGGCAGCCACUCCCCACCCUCCAGCCGAGCAGGACCAGAGUGGGACCAGAGCCAGGGGGUCCACCCAGGACCGAGCACAAGUCUCUCCCCAUGGAGGGUGGGGGAGAGGAAGCGGGUGCAGGAUCCACACGGUGGUGCAGACACUGGCCUGGCGAGGUCCUGCCUGCACCACCACUGGGAUCAAUGUCUUAUUUAUGUAGAAAACGCAGAAAUCUUUACAUUCCUGGCGCCAGCCCUGCCCUACCUUUGGCCCAGCCUGAACACCCCCAGGGACAGAGCUGGUCUCUGGACUGGGGGCCUCAAGGCCUGGGCUGGGCGCCUCUAGGCCUGGGCUGGGCUCGCUGGACCCUGCCUUCCAGUCUCCCAGCACCCGUCCCUGGGGCUUGGCCCCCGUCCACAGAGGGGACCCCGCACAAACCUGUUUAUUACCUUGCCGAGCACAGGCGGCCCUGUCUGUCCCUUGUCUGUCCAUCCAGCCCCUGCCACCCCCCUGCUGCUGUUCUUGCCUCAGCCAGCCUUGCCGGAGGGCGGGGCUCUCCUGCCCCCGUAUUGAGCCAGGCAUCCUAGGUUGGGGGUCGCCCUGAGUUCUGACUCCCAGGGCAGAUCCCCUGCCCUCACCAUGGGACCCAACAUCCCUCCUGGUGGGCCCCUCCGCCCCUCCCCCCAGGCAGGGGCCCUGCGUGUGAGGCCUGUGUAUGUGCAAAUGCUGUGGGCACAGGUUAUGCCCACCAGCCCUCAGCUGGCCUGGUCCCUCAGGGAUGGGGCUGUGGGGGGCUGCUGCCCUUCCUCACGUGGCCAGGCUGUGUGUGUGUGCGUGUGUGUGUGCGUGUGUGUGCGUGUGUGUGCGUGUGCACACCCUAGGCUCCCCACUUACCCCGUCCAGGAAUUCAUUUCUCCAGCCAGCCCCUCCUGCUGCACCUUUAGCAGACCCCUCUUCUGAGACCACCACCCUGGGUCCAAGGGAGGGCAGGCAUGAGGACCAGUAUCUUCUCUGCUUGCAGGGGCCCAGGAGCUGCCCCUUCCGUCUGCACAGGGCCCACCCAGCUCUCUGGGCCUCUGCACGAGCCCUGCCCCCACCGCACUUCCAGGCCCCGCCCCCAUUGAUAUUGUGAAUUGAGGCAGGCCGCCCUGCCCUGCCCCCAGCCACGUGACCGUGCUGGUGACUGAUCCCGACGUGCUGGUGCUGUGUCGUCCCCCCCACCCCGCCCCUGCUGUGAGGCCCCUUCCCGGUGACACCACCUGGGGCUCAGGCCUGGGCCCCCCGGUUCACAGGUGUUCCUGAGGACUGGCGGCUCUCUCCUGUCACGUCUGUACCUUGGAAGCUGCUGCUGCUGCUUACAAAAUUAUAUUUUUUUCUUUUGAAGAGUUUUAAGGAGUUGUAACUUUUUGUGUCUUGUCACGUAAGAAGAUAAAUAAAUAUUCUAAGUAGA